AUGAAUAACGAGUCUAGAAGUUCUGGAGAUAACUUCCAGAAAAACAUCAACAACAACGUUAUUCACAGCAACCACAUCAGACACAGUAGCAACCACAUCAGCCACAGCAGCAACCACAUCAGCCACCAAAAUUACUCUCCAAGCCAACCAUCAUCAACCAGCUUCCCAUCUCCGUACAACAUGCUAUCCUGUCAAAAUGCUGACAACUCCUGUUCCAAGAUUAGGAAAUAUAAUUCAACAAUUCGGCAGCAUGCAAUGUCGCCACUAAUUAAUGGUUACACUGCACUGAUAGGUGUAAAAUUUCACCUUCAUAAUGCUUUGGUAAACAGCCAUCUGGUUAUAAAGAUAUGA